AUGGCUCCUGCCCGCAGCGUUCUCGCCGUUGCGCUUGCGGCUCUCCUCGGCGGAGUGUCUCACGCUUCCUACACUGAGCAGCCUGCUUGUCCCAAGCCUUUUACGCCUUUUCAGUGCGCCGGCUGUGUUGCCACCAAGGAUGGCAGCAGCCCCUUCGACUUCCGGUCAUCGGCUGACCAGAGCUCCAUGACUGUUGCCAAGUGUACUGCUGUUUGCAAGGGCAACUCUUAUCGCUACGCGGCUUUGACUUACUACGGUGUCUGCUACUGUGGUAACCUCGAGGGUGGCCAACAAGUUCACGUAAACCAGUGCAACUACAAGUGCAGCGGAGAUUCGUCCGAGCACUGCGGUGGCCAGAACGCCUGGUCUGUUUGGGAGGACCCUACCUUCGCCAAGGGCGCCGAGGAGGUUACCACCAGCGACUAUCAAGCUCAAGGCUGCUACAAUGACAACAGCGGCCACGGCCGCACUCUUGGCCACCCCGCCAAUGUUCCCGAUCUCACCCCCGACAAGUGUAUUUCUGCAUGCAAGACCCAAGGAUAUGCUUAUGCUGGUGUUGAGUACGGCGGCGAGUGUUGGUGUGAUUCCAACUUGAACCCUUAUGCCACCAAGGCCGCCGAAUCUGAGUGCAACGUACCAUGCAAGGGCGACAGCUCCAAGGUCUGCGGUGGUAACUCGCGCAUCAACGUCUACUUCGCCAAGGAUCUUGCGUCGUCUGAGCCCUGCACAGUCGGCCCCAACCCGUCUUCCAGCGGUGUCCCUUCGACCACUGGCGUCCCCACCGGCAGCAGCACUGGCGUUCCGCCCGGCAGCAGCACCGGCGUCCCGCCCGGCAGCAGCACUGAUGUUCCCCCUGGUAGCUCCACCGGUCCUCCUACGUCGACCCCUACCCCUUCAACCACUAUCCCCCCAACAACUACCAAGCCUUCUUCGACCUUCACCACUUCCACUCUGUGCCCUGUCGUGGUUACGCCUACGCCCUCGGGUUGCGCUAACCCUGUUGGUGACUGGUGCCCCAAGCCUGAGCCUGAUUGGAACGAGGGUCUCGGCUGCUUUUCUGCCGCCGCUGCUUGCGCCGUCCAGGUCCCUAUCUGCUUCUUGCACGCCGGUCUUCAGAACACUGCCGGCUGCUUCGACUUCGCUGCUCGCUGCAAAGCCAUCAAGCUGUGCUGUCUCGGCUGUGUCAAGGGCGGCUGCAGCAAGAAGUCUUGCGGUGCAACUCACGAGGAGCCUCCUACCGUUACUACUACGCUUGGACCUUGCACCUCUGCCCCUCCUACGCCUACGCCCACCAUCUGCCCUCCUAGCCCUGAGAACAUCUGCGCCGAGGGUUCUAGCUGGCUGCACAAGUUCGGACCUGGCCACCCAGUCUGCGGUGUUCCUCUGCCCAUUGUUUCUUGCAACGAUGACUCCAAGACCUUUGGCAGCGGUGCCUUCAAGCUGUACGACCACUCCGACAGCUCCAAGUGCUCCAUCUUCCCCAAGCCUGGUGUCAGCAACGCUUGCCAGGCUGCUUGCAAGUACCAGCUCGACAAGUGUCUUGCGGCCAACGACCUCACGUGUAUCUUCAACAAAGUGGGUGGCCUUCUUGGACGCGGCUCGGAGCAGUCCGCUGCCUCUGACAAGACGCAUGACAAGCGUACUCUGGGUCUUGUCAAGAAUCUCAUUUGCAAGAAGCAGUACGCUGCCUGUGUGUUGGCGAACAAGAAGGUUGAUACCAGCAGAUGCUCAAGCUACUGCCAGAAAUAA